AUGCUCGACGACAAUAUGAAGGCUCAAAAAGUGCCUGAGCACGUCGCUCAAACUCGGGCCGAGCCGGAACACGAUGCCGAGAAGGUCGCCCCUGUGGACGAUGACCACGAUCCCUCCGAAGACAAGCCAGAUUCCGACGAUGAGGGCAAGCAGGCGGGUGUUAGGAAAAUAGAAGCGACCGCAUCCGUGUGGUCCAGAAAGAUGCUCUGGGUCAUCUUUGCCAUGAUCUACCUCGUCUCCUUCGUCGACAUGCUGCUACAGUCCGUCCAGUCCGAGCUGGUGCCCUACGUGACGUCUGCCUUCAGAAGCCACGGCCUGCUCGCCACCACCAGCGUCGUCUCCACCAUCGUGGGCGGAGUGUCCAAGCUCACCAUUGCCAAGAUCAUUGACAUCUGGGGCCGCGCUCAGGGUUUCGCCAUCAUGUUGCUAUUGAUCAUCAUCGGUAUGAUCAUGAAGGCGACGUGCCAGAACGUGGAGACGUACGCUGCGGCGCAGACCAUCUUCUGGGUCGGUCACAUUGGCUUUAUGUACACGCUCGACAUCAUAAUCGCGGAUAUGACAUCGCUCAAAAACCGGAUGAUCAUGGUUGGCAUCAACACAACCCCGACCAUCGCCACGACCUUCGCGGGCCCCAAGAUCGCCGAGCUGUUUUACAACAAUGUCAACUUCCGAUGGGCGUUUGGAUCCUUCGCCAUCAUCCUGGCCGGCUUUUCGAUCCCGAUGUUUGUCAUAUUCGUCCUCGAGGAGAGAAAGGCGAAGAAAAUGGGCAUCCUGGUCAAGAAGGACAGCGGGAGGACAUUCUGGCAGUCCUUCCAGUUCUACUUUUGGGAAUUUGAUGUUGUGGGCAUGCUUUUAACCAUGGCUGGCUUUGCCUUGAUCCUCCUGCCCUUCAGUCUUGCAAAAUCAUUCCCCAAAGGCUGGGCUGAUGCCGGCCCUAUCUGCAUGAUAAUCUUCGGAGUAGUGUCCCUGGUUCUGUUCGCUGUCUGGGAGAAGUAUUUUGCACGGGUGUCGUAUUUGCCCUUCGUGUUCCUCAAGGACAGGACCAUCUUAGGUGCCUCAAUGACCUAUGGAGUAAUGUUCAUCUCGAUAUACUGCUGGGAUACAUACUACUCUUCCUACCUGCAAGUUGUCCACGGCCUCAGCAUCGCAAAUUCAGGCUAUAUUCUGAACUCCUACUCGCUCAUGUCAUCGUUCCUCUCGCCUUUCGUGGGUGUGGCCAUCGCCAAAUUCGGACGGUUCAAGCACAUCGCAGUGUUUUCCGGUCUCCCAUUGAUCGCCCUAGGGACUGGACUUCUCACGCACUUCCGAGUGCCCGGAGCGUACGUCGGCUACCUGGCCAUGUGCCAGAUCUUCAAUGGUGCCGCUGGCGGCAUCCUCGCCAUGACCUCCCACAUCGCCGUCUUCUCCGCCGUGUCGCACCAGGAGAUCGCCGUCGUGUACGCCAUAUACGGGAUGUUCGGCUCGAUCGGUGCCGCCAUCGGCUUCGCCAUCGCGGGCGCAAUCUGGACCAAUGUCCUGCCGCAGAAGCUCGAGCAGUUCCUGCCCGACGACAGCAAGAAUCUGUCGUCGGCCAUCUACGGUAGCCUGCCGACGCAGCUCAGCUACCCGAUGGGUAGCCCUAUCAGAGAUGCUAUUAUCGAAGCGUACAGUGACGUCCAGAGGAAGAUGGUCAUUGCUGGUGGUUGCUUCAUCCCGCUGCUGGCGGUCGUCGUCUUCAUCUGGCGCGACAUCAAUGUUAAGAAGAUCGAGCAGGAGAGGGGACGCCAGACUAAGGGCAACGUAUGGUAA